AUGGAUGUGGAUGUGACGCCUUUGAAGAGGUCUUGGUGCCUCUUCGAGAUGCUGCACACCUUUAGGCAACGGGAUCACACACAGGAGAGGCCCAUCGCCUUCCAAGGAUUGUUGAUGCUUACACCACAGGGUGUCUUAAACACCGGGCGGGGCAGUUUAGACACCGCGCUGCGGAUCGGACAGCGCUUGACCACCUUGAAGCUGGAAGAGGCGAUGGCCACGGAGCCAAGAAUUGAUUUUCACAGACUCCCCGGUCAGUGGACCAUGGACCGAAAUGUGGAGACCAAACAGCUCGCUGCUGCCCACGUCGGACGACGUCGGGAGCCCAUGACCAUUAGCCAGCGACGGACACGGCGGGACCCAUAUGACGACGACGGGAACGGCGCACCGAUGGGAACGGGGAAGCGUUUCGAGUUCUCAGUUGGCAAGGUGAGAGCUCAAGAAGGAGGAUUCCCUGCGAUCAAUGCGAAGCUUCGUUCAGAGAUCUGUCAAGUGCUGGAGCAGAUGGCAUCCACCUUCACGGAGGAUUUGUCCGAGCUCGCUCGGCAACUUCGUGAGAGGGAGCUGAGUCCGACCUGCAAUGAGACCAGCCCACUGGAAGUCCAUGUGGCAGACGACGAUCCAGUGAGGCCAAAGCCAUGGCAGCAGCGACCGUCCGCGGCAUUCGGAGCAGAGUUGACCAAAUGGGCCAAAUUUAGAACAUCUGAAGGAUCAGGUGAAGACCCCUGAAGAUGUUCGUAAUUAAUGCACAUAUUGCACGGAAGUGUGCACAAUCUUUGCAUGAUCUUGGCAGAUCCGGCCUUCCCAUUCCAUUCAAUUUCCUAAUUCAAGAUUUCGCAAAGACGUUGAGGAAUUUUGAAAUCUUGCACAAAUUUACUUAUAUAAACAGUACAAAUUAUGUAAUAUAUUAUCUAUUACUAUUUAAUCACGAAAGCCAGCCGGCAGGCAGGGCGUGAGGCUUCUGUAGCGAACGAAGUGAGGACAACUCUGGAGAGGUGAACCCAGAGCCUGGUGGGGGAGAGCGACAAAAAGAGGCCGCCAGGCCUCCAGCUGCUGUCCUCCAGCAGCUCGCUCCACCGACCCUCGCCCCUCCUGUCGCCCUGUGGAGCUCACCAACACCGCCUGGGCCUUCUUCGCCUCUUUGGGCAUCCGCACCGAGGGCCUUUCGAAGCCUUGGGAAAAGAGUGCAGAAUUUGACCAAUGUCGCUUGGGCAUAUUCUCAUUUGGCGGUGGGCAGUGAAGAGCUGCUGUCGGACGUGGCACGGAUCGCCCAUGCGCGCAUUCAUGAGAUGAACGUCCAGGACCUGGCCCAGCUGGCCUUGACGCUGGUCUUCACCCGACGAUCCGGCCUGGACGAGUCCGGUGCGUGCGCCGAGUCCGCGGGUGUGCUGGGCACGCGGGAGCUCAUGGUGGCUUUGGUGGCGGAGGUGACGAAACCGAUGGUCCUGAAGAUCCAACGGGGCGGCCUCACGACUCCAGAUGACGUCUGGAUCGUGGACCUGGUCAUGGUUUGGAUGGAGGUUUGCCAAGCACUUCCCACGAGUGGAGCUGAGGAUAGCCUACCCGGGCAGCAGAGA